GGCCCCGACGAUUGGGACGACCGAUAGAGACACUCCGUGCAAGUAAAAAGAGAGAGAGUAGAAUACGAGAGAGACAAGAAGCGAGACAGCGACGAGCGACCACACGACGAGUGACGACGACGACCCAAGACGAAGACGAAGACGAUCGAAUCUGAAAAACAAGAAAAAGAAAGAGUUUCUCUUAAUUUUCCCCGUUUUGUUCUCUCGCGCGACCUUGUCGAAUUCUCGAGCCGAGUCUCCCAAGCCCAAGUGUGUGUCUCGUUAUUUGCCUCGGGGGGGGUUGGGAGUGAUCCAGGAGUAAGCGACUGCUUGCCGUCGUCGCGGGUGUCCGAGGAAACGCUCGGCCAGGUGCCGGGACUCGCACUCUUCGGAAGGAAAAACGCUCAUCCUCUCCCGGAGACGCUUCAACAUUCUCAGAAGUCUGUGAGAAGUGAGUAAAGGUGGACAACGAGCUCAGAAGAAAUCCGCGACAGAAACAGGUUGGAUGGUGCCGCAGGCCGGCGCCAUUUGAACCGAAAAGCUGGGCGAAGGAGCUGUUUCCUUCCUUGGGUCGCGGGUGUGAACACGUAAACGGGACCGGAUCUUCCGGAUCUCGUAGAGACAGGUGCGAAGGCGUGCCUCCACGAUGGGGGUCGCCGACGACUUCGCGCCCAGCUUUACGCAGAAGCCGCAACUGCGGCAAGAGGACGACGGCAACCGGCUGAUAUUCGAAUGUCAGCUGGUGAGCUCGCCUAAACCCGACAUUGCCUGGUUUCGCGGCGAGACAGAGCUCAGCGAGGAUGACAGGACCAACUUCAAGGUGCAGAGUGUCGGGACCAACAAGUUCCUGGUGGUGCUCGAGCUCGAUGACGUCAUCGAGACCGAUGCAGGCCUCUACAAGGUCAAGGCGAAGAAUAAGAUGGGCGAGGUCGCUGCUUCCAUCAACCUCAAUUUUAGUCCAAUGGAUGAGCCUAGAGAGAAACAAAUUGACGGUAUCGCGCCGACUUUCGCGAAGAAGCCCGCGAUUAGACAGGAGGACGACGGUAAACGGCUGUUGUUCGAGUGUCGCAUCACAGCCGAUCCUACGCCGAAAAUCACAUGGUUUCACAGCGGGAACAUGGUGAAAGACUCGCCAAGGCACAAGAUGACCGUCGAUAAAGAUGGCCACUCGUACUUCGCCACCCUGGAAAUAAAAAACGUGACCGUCGAGGAUGCUGGCAAAUAUAAGGUCACGGCGAAGAACGAGCUCGGCGAGUCUAACGCCACGAUUUCCCUGAAUUUCGAUAGCGAUGAAGCACCCGUACCGGAUGACGGUAUUAAACCUACCUUCACCGAACGACCGGUGAUUAGACAAUCCGACGACGGUAACACCAUCACCUUCGAAUGCCGACUUGUCGGCGAUCCGAAACCGAGUGUCAAGUGGUAUCACGGUACCGAGGAAGUGAAAGACGGCGGGCGGUUCACCACAUCGCUGGAACUCGAUCAGAAGCUGUACCAUCUCGCGAGGCUGAGGAUCGACAGUGUGGCGAAGGGGGAUGCGGGCGAGUACAGGGCCGUGGCGAAGAACAAGCACGGCCAGGGGGUGGCGACCAUUAAUUUGAACUUCGAGGGUGGCGACAGGCUCAAAAUACCGGACGGUAAGCCGCCGCGCUUCCCGAAGAAGCCGACGAUCCGCCAGGAGGGCGAUUUACUCAUCAUGGAGUGCAUCCUGGAGGCACAUCCGGUGCCGGACAUAACGUGGUACCAGGGUCAGAAAACGAUUACCGACAAUAAACGCGUGAAGAUGUCACGCAAGGCCACCGGCAAGGAUACGUAUCUGCUGACCCUCGAGAUCUCGAAUCCGACCAAGGCUGACGGUGGGAAUUACCGUUGCAACGCCUUUAACAACUUCGGCGAGAGUAACGCCAACAUCUCCCUCAACUUCCAAGAGGAGGGCGCGGGUUGCGCUCCGUCCUUUAUCGAGAAACCUCGCAUCAUCCCGAACGAGACUGGUACGCUUAUCACCAUGAAGUGCAAGUGCAAGGCAAAUCCCAAGCCGGAGGUCACGUGGUUCCGCGGCACCAACGUGGUCAAGGAGUCGUCCAAGAUCGCAAUCAAGACUAAAACUGUCGAGGAGGACAUAUACGAACUUAUAAUGGAAAUAAAGGACCCAUCGGCACCGGACGGCGGCACUUACAGGUGUCACGUGAAGAACGAGUAUGGCGAGAGCAAUGCUAAUCUGAAUCUGAACAUUGAAGCGGAACCAGAACCAGAGGGAGACGGGCCGACGUUCGUAGAGAAACCACGGAUAAAGUCGCAAGACAAAGGCAAGGUCGUCAUUAUGGAUUGCAAAGUGAAGGCGAAACCGAAGCCGCAGAUUGUGUGGACCCACGCCGGCAAAGUGGUGAAGGAGUCCUCGAAGCUCUCCAUCAGCAUCGUCCAAGAGAAGGAGGACAUUUAUUAUAUCAAAUUGACUCUGAACGAUCCCGGACCGGACGAUUCUGGACUUUACAAGUGCAACAUUAAGAAUGACCUUGGUGAACUCAACGCCAAUCUUACGCUAAACGUCGAAAUUAUACCCGUAAUUAAGGAAAAGCCAAAGGUAAUAAAGAUCGUCAAAAAGAAGACAAUCGUGAUCGAAUGUCACGUUCUUUCCCAAUUCGCGCCCGACUGCACGUGGUUCAAGGAAACCCAGGCCGUCAAAGAGGAUAAUAGACACAAGUGUCACGUCGAGCAAGUCAAAGAAGGUGAAUUCGCUGUAAAACUCGAAAUCGAACAAAUGUCACAAACAGACAAAGGCACAUACAAAUUGGUGGCACGCAACGAAAAGGGCGAAGCCACGUCGCAAGUAGUGGAAGUGACGGAAAUUCCAGACCAAGGAGAAAAACCAAAAAUUGUUACCGGCCUCAAAUCAAUUACUGUCGAGGAAGGUAAAACGGUCGAGCUCGUCGCCACUCUCGCAACGCAAGAUCGAAAAGUCACUGUCACGUGGAAUAGAGAUUCAACGGUCGUCAAAGCGUCAAAAGACAUCAUGAUCUCCUUCAAUGGCCUGGAUAUGAAAUUAACCAUCACCUCGGCAUCGACAGAAUUGUCAGGAACAUAUAAAGUCGUCGUCAGCAACGAAUAUGGUCAGGAUGAGUCGUCGGCUCGUCUCGUCGUCAAGAAGAAAGAGGAAAAGAAAAAGGACGAGGAGGAGGAAGAGAAGAAGAAGAAGAAGAUCGAGAAGAAAGAGAAGAAAGAAGAGGAAAAAAAGGAAGAAAAGAAGGAUAAGCCCGAUUUGAAACCGAACGGUAUCGACAAACCAGGGAUUAGGAAGAAAAUGGAGAUCUUACAGAAGGACGAAGAAAUCGUCAAUAAUGUUGAAGAAAGGAAAUCUAUUAAGAAGAAACCAGCCGAGAAAGUUGAAGACAAAAAGGAAGAAGAAAAGGUUAGUGUAAUUAUCUUCAUAAGUUGAAAUUAUCUCUUAAUA